GAUGGGCGUCAAUACAGAGUAGUUAACACAGCUGUCAAUCGUCCAUCAAACAAUUAAAGGACCAAAAGUUUUUUGGUCCACGCAACCACAACCCAUUUUUGUCAGUGCAGCUUUGACUUCGGUGGCAAACAGUGCCUAAAAACUUUUUGUGUCGCGGAAAAGUAACGAGAUGAGUGCCUCACAACGAAUCAUUAAGAAGAAUGUGGGCUCCGAGCCGUUGAAUGGUGAUAGUGUUUUGCACAAAUGUGCACGGGCCAACAGUGCGAGUGGAAUCGAAUGUGCAGCAUCAACUAGCCACAUGAACGGGAAAAACAACCGGCAGGAGACGGCAUUGAUCGUCGCCGCGCAGAACUCAGCCUGCCGUGCGAUGACCGCACUGAUCCGGCAAGGAGCAGAGGUAGAUCAUCAAGACGGAAACGGUAAAACUGCCCUACAUUAUUCUAUUUUAACCGUAUCCGAAAAAGCGGUGGAGAUUCUCUCCACCGCCGCAGCAGAUUUUAACAUCCCAAAUGCAGAGGGACAAACGGCAAUACACUUGCUAGCCCUAUCAAAUAACUUUAAAUUAGCCAAACUAAUAUGUAGAAAGUUGCCCUUAUUAAAAAUGGAUGUAAUUGACCAAAACGGAUACAAUCCGUUCAUUGCGGCUGUCGUACACGGCAGCCUCAGAAUGGUCCAUUACCUCCUCCACUUAGGUUACGAUCCAACGACAAGAACGCGCUUGAAUAAGACACCCUUACACAUCGCCAUAGAAUUAAAUAAUUUUGCAAUGAUUAAAUUACUCGCUAAAACACCGAAUAUCAAUAAUAUUGACGACAACGGCCACAGCGCCUUAACAAUUGCCGUCGGUCGCGGAAUCGAAACCGCGGUGGGCGUUCUCUUGCAGCAAGACGCGGAUAUUUCACAGUUAGACAAAACGGGAAAUUCUAUGUUACACAUUGCAUGUACGGGGAAAUCAGCGAAUAUUCUACGACAUAUGUUUGAACAUUUCUCAGAUUUAAAUAUUCGUAACUCAUCAGGCGAAACCCCACUACACCUAGCUUGUGCACUUAAUAACACAACCGUAGUCAGCGAGUUAUGUGCGCGUAGGGCAAAUAUUACAGCGCAGGACAAUAGCAAGCGGACACCGCUGAUGACAGCAAUUAUGUCAGGAAGUCAACGGUCCGCACUCGUCUUGUUAGAAUGGGAAUUUGUCAGGGAAACGAACCUAAUUGAAUUAUCAGACGAAAAUGACAUGAACGCACUCCAAUAUUGUAUUUUAUUUAAUGAUCAAUCAACAGCGACCAGGAUUAGAGCGGUCGAGUUGGCGCUGCUUAACGCUCAGCAGGCUACUCCACCAACGCAAACCCUUUAUCUUAAUACAGGCGACACUUCCCCGCCAAUUUACAUAACAGACGACCCACUAGAAAUCAUAGUAGACGAAUAAACACGAUCAAUUUUACUUUACGUUGACUUAACGUUAACAGCUAGAGCAAACGAGUGCUAUUGCUGUUCGCGCCGGUUCAACUGUCUUUUAAAUUGCGUACCCUAUAAAAUAUUUUUCUCUUUGUAUGUUUUUUUUUUAUCAUUGUCGCGGG